AAGAUGAGAGCUGUCUUGUAUCUUUAGAUCCACAAACACUUGUGGUCCCGCAACCUUUAUCAAAUUACAACAGCAGAUUAAAAGAACUAGGAACAUGCAAGAAUCAUGGUUUUACUACUACUCCAAUGUUUG